CUUUCACUUUCAUGUGAUGUCAUUCUGUAUAACACAGAUAAACAGAUGUCAUUAGUGUCAUUAGAACAGACGUUGUCAGAAACAGCUGUGAACAUAUGACAAGAGCUAACUGAAUCUCCUUUCAUUACAAUGGAGUAUCUGAAGUAUCUGAUGCUGAUAUUUCUAAUCACACAGGGCUGUGGUGUUUCCUCACUGAGCACUGGUAUUGUGGGAGGUGAGAAUGCAUCUGCAGGGAACUGGCCUUGGCAUGUCAGUCUACAGAUUUUUGACUAUCACAUCUGUGGAGGAUCUCUCAUCAACCACGAAUGGGUGCUCACUGCGGCUCACUGUGUUUCCUUCUCACCCUCAGCCAGUUACUGGACUGUUUAUCUGGGCAGCCAAAACAUUUCAGUCUCUAACCCAAACGAGGUGAGUCGAGGAGUCCAAUCCAUCAUUAUACAUCCAGACUAUGACCCGUAUCAGUUCACUAAUGACAUCGCUUUGCUGAGAUUGAGUGAGCCAGUGAACUUUACCAGCUACAUCAGCCCAAUCUGCCUGGCUGCUAAUGAUAGUGUCUUUCACACUGGCACCACCUGCUGGUCCACUGGAUGGGGAGAAAUCGGCUUUGUAGGCGCUGAGCCCAAUUCUGGAACUCUACAGGAAUUGCAGAUAAAUGUGGUGGGCAAUAAGGAGUGUGACUGCAGGUUUCAAGACUUCCCAUUUUGGGACAUACCAAUCACUCCAACAAUGAUCUGUGCUGGAGGAGAGACGGGCAAAGGAACGUGUUUUGGAGGUUCUGGUGGUCCAUUACAGUGUAAGCAGGGUUCUGUAUGGAUCUUAGCCGGUGUCACUAAUUUAGGGAUUUCUUGCUACACUAAUAAUACACCUGACAGUUAUGCCAGAGUAUCCGAAUUCCAAAACUGGAUCUUGGAAAAUGUUAAUGGAUCAGACAUUGGAUUUGUGACUUUUAAAUCUGAUGGUGAAGAUAAGGACAGCAGCUUUCUGUGCAAUGGAGAAGAGACAGGCCUUUUCUACCCAUUUGGAAAUGGAGACAUAGAGAAUCCCUCUGAAGAUGAUGGAAGCUCUCCAAUAGUAUUCUUGGAAAAGCCCUUUGUAUAUUCUGGACGUGUUUAUCAACAGACUUAUGUUAAUAACAACGGGCAUUUGACAUUUGAUGGGCCUCUUUCAGAGCCGGUACCCAAUUAUUUACUGUCACAAGUCAACAGAGACAUCAUUGCUCCUCUUUGGACACACAUGGACAACACUGUGAAUGGAACCAUCUCCUAUCAUCAGGUCACCAGAGGAGGACUCUUACUAGCAGCCUCAAACCACAUAAACCAGUAUUUUCCCAAUCUGAACUUCACUGCUUCAUGGCUAUUCAUUGCCACAUGGGAUAAAGUACCAUACUUUAACAACUCACAAUCGAGUUCAUCUUUUCAAGUUGUUUUGGUCUCUGGUGGUUCUCUGUCUUUUGUCAUGAUGAACUACGGAAAUAUCUCCUCUACGGAUCAAUGGUUUCAGGCUGGCUAUGGUACAAUAGACUCAACAAAUUAUUCCUCAGUCCCCGUGCCUGAUGAAAAUAAACUGUCCAACUCCAGCAAUGUCAAUGUCCCGGGACGCUGGGUAUUCCGUGUUGAUGGUGGACCUGAAGAGGGAAUUUUCUACCCAUAUGGAGAUGAGGAUAUAAAGAACCCUAAUGUCUACAAUGGAAGUUCUCCAUUGAUCAACCUGGAGCAGCCAUUUGCCUACUUUGGGCUUGUUUAUAAUGAACUAUACGUGAAUAACAAGGGAUACUUGACUUUUGAAGGACCGUUUUACCAGCCGUAUCCCGAUUAUUAUUAUAUAUACUCGACUGUAGACGGCAUCGCUCCACUGUGGACAGACAUUGACAUUACACGCAAGGGAAUCGUCUCUUACAGACAAGUAAUAGAUGGUCCUAUGUUGAAUCGGGCCUCUAGAGACAUAAACCAAUAUUACCCCAACUUGAACUUCUCUGCAUCGUGGGUUUUCAUUGCAACAUGGGAUAAAGUACCGUACUAUGGAUUUCAUAGGAGGACAGAGUCGACCUUUCAAGUGGUUUUAGUGUCUGGCAGAAACAUGUCAUUCACACUCAUGCAUUAUGGUCCGAUUUCCCCGGCCAUAUAUCCCUUUUUGUCCGGCUAUGACAUACGUGAUUCAACUGAUCACUUUACAAUUCCUGUCUCUGACACCACAACCCUGUCAUACACCAGCAAUGUCAACGUCAUGGGUCGAUGGGUAUUUCGAACUGACUCAGAAAACAAUGGACUGUUCUAUCCAUUUAGGAAUGGGCACACACUUCAACAGUAUUAUGGAUUUGGAUUUUUUGGAUUUGCCAUCAAUCUCUAUUUGCAGACACCAUUUACUUACUUCGGGAUCACAUACAGCUAUAUUAAUGUUUACAAAAAUGGAUUUCUUACUUUCAAAUGGCCAUUGUUUCCAUCAAGUCCCCGAACUCUUCCAGCUUACACAAAUAGAGACAUUGUUGCUCCUCUAUGGACAGAUAUUGACAACAGUGACUUUUACUUCCAAGAAUUCAGUGGCACCCGAGUACUACAGCGAGCUACAAAUGAUAUUCGUCAAUAUUUUCCUCAAACAAAUUUCACUGCCGACUCAGUUUUGGUUUGUACUUGGGAUAAUGUGAGAUAUUAUAACACUUCAGCAGAGAAUUCCUCUUUUCAAGUACUGCUGAUCUCAGGUUCUGGUUUGUCGUUUAUUGUAUUUAAUUAUGGCAAUAUUCCACAAACUAAGCAUACUGCAGUGGCUGGAUAUGACACUAUUGAUUCAACCAGCUAUUAUACAAUUCCUGUGUCUAACAUCGCUAAUCCAACCCACUCCACAAAUGUCAAUGUUAUGGGCCGCUGGGCUUUUCGUGUUGACACUUUUCCAACAAAACUUGGUUUUUUUUAUCCAACUGGCUCUCCGGUUUCUCAGAAUCCCUGUCAAAGUAAUGCACGCUUACAGCUGUGCGCUUGCAGUAUCCUUUCUUGUACUUUGGACGCAAAUACCAGAACAUAUAUGUGA